CCCUCUCCCCCGCCCGAUCCGCCCGCCCGCUCCCCCUCCCUCGAUCCCUCGGGUCCCGGGAUGGGGGGGCGGUGAGGCAGGCACAGCCCCCCGCCCCCAUGGCCGCCCGUCGGAGCCAGAGGCGGAGGGGGCGCCAGGGGGAGCCGGGCACCGCCCUGCUGGCCCCGUUUGUGCUGGGCCUGGGCCUGGCGCUGGCUUGCCUUGGCCUCCUGCUGGCCGUGGUCAGCCUGGGGAGCCGGGCAUCGCUGUCUGCCCAGGAGCCUUCCCAGGGGGAGCUGUUGGCAGAGGAGGACCAGGAGCUGCUGGAACUGAACCCCCAGACUGAGGAAAGCCAGGGUGUUGUGCCUUUCCUGAAACAACUAGUCCGGCCUCGCAGAAAUGCACCUAAAGGCCGGAAAGCACGGACUCGAAAAGCGAUUGCAGCCCACUAUGAAGUUCACCCACAGCCGGGACAGGAUGGAGCACAGGCAGGUGUGGAUGGGACAGUGAGUGGCUGGGAGGAAGCCAAAAUCAACAGCUCCAACCCUCUGCGCUAUGACCGUCAGAUUGGGGAAUUUAGAGUCACCAGGGCUGGGCUCUACUACCUAUACUGUCAGGUGCACUUUGAUGAGGGGAAGGCUGUCUACCUGAAGCUGGACUUGCUGGUGGAUGACGUGCUGGCCCUGCGCUGCCUAGAGGAGUUCUCUGCCACAGCAACGAGUUCCCUUGGGCCCCAGCUUCAUCUCUGCCAGGUGUCUGGGCUAUUGCCCCUGCGGUCAGGAUCUUCCCUGCGGAUCCGCACCCUCCCCUGGGCCCAUCUCAAGGCUGCUCCCUUCCUCACCUACUUUGGACUCUUCCAGGUUCACUGAGGGGCCCUGCAAAUUUUCCAGCUGCCAGCUCCCCAUGCAGCUCUCUCAGUGCCUAGUCUCUUCUGCCCCACCUAAGCUCCAGACCUGCCUUUCCCUCCAUAGGCUGCCAGGGCUUAUUCACUUUAUCCCUCAUAAACAUUCCCAUUCCUCUCUUACAACGCCCCUCCCUGCUCUUCACCUCACUAGCUCCCAAAGCCCUUAUCUUUUCACACCCCCAUUCCCAUUCAUCCCUUGAUUCCCCCCUAGCCACAGCCCCCCCAGGACACUGUGUUUUCUGGCAAGGAUGGGCAAGGAGGGGUCCAGAAGACCCUGCUUUCAGGCACUAAGAGAGGCUGGACCUGGUGGCAGGAAGCAAAAAAACCUGGGAUUAGGCCAGGAGUUCCCAAAUGUGAGGGGUAAGAGCCCAAGACAAGCUCCUCCCUUGAUAAUUCCCUGUGGAUUUUGAAAACAGAUAUUAUUUUUAUUAUUAUUGUAACAAAAUAUUGAUAAGUGGAUAUUAAAGAGAACAAGUCA